CUCACCACUUUCCACGACAGUCCCUCGAGGGAAAACAGACCACAGCUCCGGCACACACGCCACACGUCAUCCUCAUAUAGCGCAAAAACACUCCUUCCAUGCCGUCUCUCCAUAUUUUACUUCCACUAUCUACAUCACUUUCAAAAGCAAAUCCACCCCCCCUCGCCGAGUCUCCGUGCACAACCUCCUCCUCCUCCUCUCUCCCAUCAUAACACACAAUUCUUACAUGGUCAUAGUCACUUUUUAGCCGUUUAAUUCAGUGCUUUCACGAUUCUUCUAGACAUCAAUCAUUUCCUAAAAGUAGUCAAGAAAGAUCCGCCUUUUCAUUUCUUCAUAGCCUUUUCGAAACAUCACGCUUCUUUCACUCUUUUUUUUUUUUGGAAAAGACUUUGCUUGCGAGCUGUGAACGAACUGAUUCGAGAAAGUUCAUAGAAAAAAAUAUGGAGGAAAUUUUACACUGGUUGGUGUUUCUCUAACGAUUAAUCACUACUGAAGUUCGUGAUUUUUGAGAAUUUAGAAGAGAGAAGUUCGGAAUGGCGGUGGAGUAUAAGUGCUGCGAAACGGAUUUCUUUGUAAACAUUGUGAUAAUAGUUUUGCUCGUGUUGUUCGCUGGACUGAUGUCUGGCCUUACUCUGGGCCUUAUGUCUAUGAGUAUCGUCGAUCUUGAAGUUCUUGCUAAAUCCGGUACUCCAAAAAAUCGAAAAUACGCAGCGAAAAUAUUGCCAGUGGUUAAAAACCAGCAUUUGUUGCUUUGCACGCUCCUUAUAUGCAACGCUACUGCUAUGGAGGCACUUCCAAUUUUUCUUGAUAGUCUGGUUACAGCUGGGGUUGCUAUUGUAAUUUCAGUAACUCUGAUUCUUCUAUUUGGCGAGAUUUUACCUCAAUCUGUUUGUUCCCGAUAUGGUUUGGCAAUUGGUGCAACAGUGGCCCCGUUUGUCCGUCUUCUUGUUUGGAUCUGUUUUCCUGUUGCCUAUCCGAUAAGCAAGCUCCUGGACUUUCUGCUGGGACAUGGUCACGUUGCUCUUUUUCGCAGAGCUGAGUUGAAAACACUUGUAAAUUUUCAUGGUAACGAGGCUGGAAAAGGUGGAGAACUAACUCAUGAUGAGACAACAAUAAUUGCUGGAGCACUUGAGCUCACUGAGAAAACAGCUAGUGAUGCCAUGACCCUUAUAUCUGAAACUUUUGCUAUUGACAUUAAUGACAAACUUGACAGGGAGUUGAUGAGUUUGAUAUUGGAGAAAGGGCAUAGCAGAGUGCCAGUUUAUUAUGAGCAACCUACAAACAUAAUUGGACUAAUUCUGGCCAAUAAUUUGUUGACAAUUCACCCAGAAGAUAAAGUACCUGUAAAGAAUGUCACUAUACGCAGGAUUCCCAGGGUUCCAGAAACUUUGCCUUUAUAUGAUAUAUUGAAUGAGUUUCAGAAAGGUCAUAGCCACAUGGCAGUUGUUACAAGGCAGUGUAAAAAGCCAGAGGAGCAGCCUGUAAGCAAUGCUGGUGACAAUCCGGUGAAAGAAGUUAAAGUUAAUAUUGAUGGUGAAAGGCCUCCCAAGGACAAGGCUUUGAAGAGCAAGAGACCACUUCAAAAGUGGAAAAGCUUUCCCAAGAGUGGCAACAAUUCAUUUAGAGGCUCAAGGAGCAAGAAGUGGACAGAGGACAUGAACUCAAACAUCUUGCACAUAAAUGGCAAUCCACUCCCAAGGCUUCCUGAGGAAGAAGAAGCAGUUGGCAUAAUAACAAUGGAAGAUGUCAUUGAAGAGCUUUUACAGGGGGAGAUCUUUGAUGAGACAGAUCAUCGUUUUGAGGGACACUGCCUAGGUGAGCUGUAGUAUAUACUGCCGGAUAGACAAUGACGAAAAGGUUGUUCCAGACAAUGAUCAAAAUCUCUUGUAUGGCGGAAAAGCAAUGCAUGCUAUUUUGUUAUUUA